AUGUCGACCGAACCCAUCAAGAACGUUGCAAUUGUUGGUGCUACUGGUCGCAUUGGCGGUGCAUUCGCCAAGGCCCUAGCGGAGACCGGAAAGCACAACGUCACUGCCCUCGUACGAGAGGACAGCAAAGGCACGCUCCCCGAGGGAGUAGACGUCAUCAGAGUCAACUACGAUGAUGAAGUCUCGAUUGUAAAUGCCCUCAAGGGCCAACAGUUCCUUGCUAUCACCCUUGGGGUUCAGGCACCGAGCGACUUGCAUGCGAAAAUCGCCGCCGCUGCCGGAAAGGCUGGCGUCACUUAUGUCAUGCCCAACACCUUUGGAUACCCAGUGGACUCUGCGAGUGCCACCGGUCCUUAUGAUAAGCUCGUCGUCGAUCGAAUUGGCGAUGCCAAUAACGGUGUGUCGUUGGCAGUCCCUUUUUGUUGUGGAUUCUGGUACGAGUGGAGUCUGGCGACUGGUGAGCAGUGGUUCGGCUUCACGAUCAAGGAUCGCAAAGUCACCUUCUUCGAUGACGGCAAGCGUACCGUCACGGUCAGCACGUGGGACCAGUGUGGUCGUGCAUUCGCCGCUUUGUUCAGUCUGCCGGAGUCCGGGAGCAGCCCAAGCCUGACGGACUUCAAGAAGGGAGUCCAUAUCUACAGCUUCCAAGUCUCCCAGCGCGACAUGUUGGAUAGUCUGAACAGAGUACUUGGCACGGUGGACUCUGACUGGGAGAUCAGAUAUGAGCCCAUUUCCAAGCGCAUCAAGGAUGGUGCCGAAGAACUUGCCAAUGGUGUCUUCACCGGUUUUGCAAAGAUGCUGUACGGAAAUGUAUUUCGGGCGGACAAUGACAAGAGUGACUAUGCCUCUACACUCAUGGUGGCGAACGAGGCUCUCGCACUGCCCAAGGAGGACCUUGAUGAAGCCACAAAGCGGACCGUGGACAUGGUAGAAGGAGGAUGGAGCCCUUUUGAAAACAUGGCUUGA